AUGGAGGUCUUUAUCCUUUCGGCCGUCCGUACGCCUAUAGGCAGCUUUCGGAGCUCUCUGGCAGGUUUCUCUUCUUCUGACCUUGGAGCUAUCGUUAUUAAGGAAGCCUUAGAGAGGGCCAAAGUUGAUCCAGGCGAUGUUGAUGAAGUUAUAUUAGGACAAGUGUUAACGGCACUUUGUGGCCAGAAUCCUGCUCGCAUGGCUUCAAUUAAAGCAGGUCUUCCGACCACUGUACCUGCCUACUGUCUUAACAUGGUUUGUGGUUCCGGUUUGAAAGCUGUUGUCCUUGGCGCACAGUCCAUAAUCUGCGGAGAUGCUGAGAUUACCGUGGUCGGAGGUCAGGAAUCUAUGAGUCAAGCGCCCCACGCAGUACAAAUGCGGCCUGGCGUUAAAAUGGGAAACACAUUUCUUACAGAUUUAAUGAUUUAUGAUGGGCUAACUUGCGGAAUUCGCGGCAUUCAUAUGGGUAUUACAGCCGAGAAUCUUGCUAGCAAAUUUAACGUUUCCCGGGAAGAACAAGAUCAAUUCUCUCUGUUUUCUCAAAAAAAGGCUGAGUCUGCACAAAAUUCUGGAUGUUUUAAAGAAGAAAUAGUUUCUGUUACGAUAAAAAAUUCUAAAGGAUCUGAACAUAAAUUUUCCGAAGAUGAGUUUAUUCGUAAAGGCGCUACUAUUGAAGGAUUAGCAAAAUUAAGACCUUGUUUCAACACGAAAGGAAACGGAUCCGUCACGGCCGGAAAUGCUUCUGGCAUCAACGACGGUGCGGCUGCUCUUGUUUUAAUAAGUAAAAAGGAAGCAGAGAGGCGCCAGGCGAAACCGCUCGCACGCUUGGUGUCGUGGGCUCAUGCUGGCGUUGAUCCAGAAGUGAUGGGUGUUGGCCCGAUCGAAGCCGUGAAAAAAGCGUUGAUUAAAGCGAAGUGGACAAUUGAAUCAGUGGAUCUUUUUGAACUGAAUGAGGCUUUCGCUGUACAGUCCCUCGUAGUGCUGGAAGAGCUCGCCAUUGACAAGAAAAAAGUCAAUGUCGGCGGCGGAGCGAUCGCGCUGGGACAUCCUCUCGGAGCUUCUGGUGCACGUAUUCUUGUAACUCUUCUUCAUUCGCUUAAACGGGAGAAUAAAACACGUGGAGUCGCUGCACUCUGCAUCGGCGGCGGCAUGGGCAUUGCUGUGUGCGUGGAGAUGUGUAUAUGAAAUUUUGUUAAAUUUUAAAUAAAUUGUUUAUUUUGAACAA